CUUGACCGUCGGAGCUUAAUCCGGGGGGCAACCCCGACUCUUUCACAGGUUUCUUCCCUCCCGACGAGAUCAGACGAACGAAUUACGAGUCCUCCCACACCACAAAUAUCAUUGUUCGUGCCCGGAGUUACU